CCCAAAACUGCUCCAGAUCAUCACCGUCGUGCGAACGUUCUUUCAACGGCGACUGGCACUAGAGUACACACACAGGCACCCAACUGGAAAGAGUAGGACGACAGGCUGAAACCGUAGCCGCCCGCUCUUCGCAAUCGUAGCAGCAGUCUCGGAGAGUUACAGGAGAGCGUGAGAGCUGGGAAAUAGCGUAGGAUAGAAUCCAUCGCUACCAAGUUCGUGGAAAGGGCUGCCGUGGGGAUGGAGCUUGACGAUGUAUUGACGAACCAGCCAGUCGUCAUUGACAAUGGAUCUGGAAUCAUAAAAGCCGGGUUCGCUGGCGAUGACCAGCCGAAAGCCUUCUUCCCAUCGUUCGUAGGCCGGCCGAAACAUCUUCGAGUGAUGGCCGGAGCAGUCGAAGGCGAUACAUUCAUAGGAAAGAAGGCGCAAGAGCUUCGCGGUCUGCUGCGAAUAAAGUACCCCAUGGCACAUGGGGUGGUGACGGAUUGGGACGACAUGGAACGGAUAUGGGGAUUUGUUUACGAGGAGGAACUGCGGAUUCUAAGUGAGGAGCACCCAGUCCUCCUCACAGAAGCCCCAAUCAACCCCCGGUCAAAUCGAGACACUGCCGCCCAAAUCCUCUUCGAAACCUUCAACGUCCCCGCCCUUUACAUGUCCAUCCAAGCCGUACUCGCCCUUUACGCAUCCGGACGAACCACCGGCGUUGUCCUGGAUAUCGGUGACGGAGUAACCCAUGCCGUACCCGUAUACGAAGGCUUCACCAUGCCCCACGGCGUCCGUCGCAUCGAUCUCGCCGGCCGCGACGUAACAGAGCACCUAUCCCUCCUCCUUCGCAAAAGCGGCCACCACUUCUCCACCAGCGCCGAGAAAGAGAUCGUCCGCGUUAUCAAGGAAAAGACGUGCUAUGUCGCGUUCAACCCGGUCAAGGAAGAAAAGGACUCGAUCGGCAAACACGAGACAUUCGUACUGCCUGACGGCCUCACCAUCAAAAUCGCACGGGAACGCUUCCGCGCACCUGAAAUCCUGUUUCAGCCCGACCUCAUUGGUCAUGAAUACCCCGGAGUUCACCAACUCGUCGUGGACGCCAUCAACAAAGCCGACAUGGACCUGCGGAAAUCGCUGUAUGGUAAUAUCGUGCUGAGCGGCGGAGGGACACUGACGAAAGGGUUUGGUGACCGGCUCCUAUCCGAAGUCAAACGGCUGGCGUUGAAGGAUUUGAAGAUACGCAUCCUUGCGCCGCCAGAACGGCGGUGGAGUACGUGGAUUGGCGGGAGUAUUCUGGCUGGGCUGAGUACGUUCAAGAAGAUGUGGGUGAGCGCGGAAGAGUACCAAGACGACCCCGACAUCAUACAUAAGAAGUUCAUGAGCUGAGCGAGAGGGCUGAACACCGUCUUUCCCGAAUACACCGAGGUUUCCGCCCCAACGUUUACGAGACGCAGGCGGGACACAAUUGUAGGGCUUACGAUGGGUCUUCCCCUCUGUGGCUGAACCAUUACUGCGUACUGAUGGGCUAUUGCUGUACCUGGGUCUCUGUGUACAUAUGGUAGAUACCUACAUUUAUUGAUACGUACUUAUCUUAUCCUUCGCUUCGUCUAUGGCCUGUCGCAAUUGUGGGUCUCCAACGAAAGGUCC